AUGCUCGAGAAGGAGGCCGGCAUUGAUCCAUCCAAGAAGACGUCAAGCAAGGAAGAGGGCAAAAAGCCCGAAGGCGAGCAGAAAUCUACCGGCCCGAGCUUUUUCUCGCAGGAUGGUGGCAAGCGCAAGGGCUCUGAUGGAAAACAACCACCGGAAAAUCCACUGAAGGGCAACGACUGGGUCACCACCAUUGUUGGGUCUCUCAUCGCGUACUGGAUCUACAACUCUAUCUUCACCGGCGACAGUCGCGAAAUCACUUGGCAAGAGCUGCGCAAGAACUUCCUGGAAAAGGGCCUCGUCGAGAGAAUGGUCGUCAGCGGCAACCAGGUCCGCGUUGACUUGAAUGUUGAGGCGACCCGCACCAUGUAUCCUGACUCCGUUGCAACCAAUCCCGGCUUCCACUACUACUUCUCCAUCGGCUCAGUGGAUGCCUUCGAACUACGAUUGGACGAGGCUCAGAAGGAGCUCGGCAUCCCUCCUUCUGAGAGGAUACCUGUCAGCUACCAAGGUGCUAGCGGUGUGACCAACAUUCUGAUGGCAUUCGGUCCUACACUGCUCCUGGUCGGACUAAUCUACUGGGCAUCACGCCGCGGGCCUGGAGGUAGCAGUGGUGCCGGUGGCAUGUUCGGCUUUGGCAAGAGCAAGGCUAAGAAGUUCAACCAUGAGUCAGCAGUCAAGGUCAAAUUCUCCGACGUGGCAGGUAUGGACGAGGCCAAGCAAGAAAUCACCGAAUUCGUCAGCUUUCUCCAGAAGCCAGACAAGUUCCAGAGGUUAGGUGCCAAGAUCCCCCGUGGCGCCAUCCUCUCUGGUCCUCCUGGUACCGGUAAGACACUAUUGGCCAAGGCUACUGCCGGUGAAUCCGGCGUUCCUUUCUUCAGUGUCAGCGGUUCUGAGUUUGUCGAAAUGUUUGUUGGUGUUGGUGCCUCUCGAGUUCGAGAUCUGUUUGCAACCGCGAGAAAAAGCACUCCUUGUAUUAUCUUCAUCGAUGAAAUCGACGCUAUCGGUAGGUCUCGUUCCGAGGGCAGUGGUCGUUUCAGUGGUGGCAACGACGAACGUGAGGCGACACUAAACCAGAUCCUCACGGAGAUGGAUGGUUUCAAUACGACAGAGCAAGUCGUCGUGCUUGCGGGUACCAACAGGCCAGACGUUCUUGACAAAGCCUUGAUGAGACCCGGCCGUUUCGAUCGACACAUCAACAUCGAUAGGCCAACCAUGAAGGGAAGACAAGAUAUCUUCAAGGUGUAUCUCAAGAAGGUUGUGACAAACGAGGAUAUAGAGCACUUGAGUGGUAGGCUUUCAGCUUUAACUCCUGGUUUCGCUGGUGCCGACAUUGCAAACUGUGUCAACGAAGCUGCGUUGGUCGCUGCCAGAGCCAAUGCGCUGUCUAUCACCAUGCAACACUUCGAACAGGCCAUCGAACGUGUCAUCGGUGGCCUUGAGCGCAAGUCUCUCGUCCUCAGCCCUGAGGAGAAGCGGACAGUCGCAUAUCACGAGGCUGGCCACGCCAUUUGUGGUUGGUUCUUCAGAUGGGCGGACCCUCUACUCAAAGUCUCCAUCAUCCCUCGUGGCCAGGGCGCCCUCGGUUACGCCCAAUAUUUGCCUGGUGAUGUUUAUCUCAUGACCGAGAGGCAACUCCUGGAUCGUAUGGCCAUGACUCUUGGUGGUCGUAUUUCCGAGGAGCUUCAUUUCCCUACUGUGACCACCGGAGCCAGUGAUGAUUUUAAGAAGGUCACAAACAUGGCAACAGCAAUGGUCACGCAAUGGGGCAUGUCAGAGAAGAUCGGCCCAUUGCACUUCAAGAACGAGGACAACCAGUUCCUGAAGCCGUUUGCCGAGUCAACCGCCCAAACCAUCGACUCCGAGGUACGACGUAUUGUGGAUGAAGCAUACAAACAAUGCAAGGAUUUGCUUGUGGAGAGGAAAAAGGAGGUCGGCAUUGUUGCCGAGGAGCUGCUGAGCAAGGAGGUUCUUACACGAGACGACAUGGUCCGUCUGCUCGGACCGAGGCCAUUCGAGGACCGAGAGGAAUUCAACAAGUACUUUGGUGGCAAAGACCCCAAUGGCCCGAAUAAGCCUACGCCUGGUCAGGAGAGCAUACCACCCUCCCCGCCAUCUGGUGGCUUAGAUACGCCCGGCGUCCCGCCACAGCCUGCGAUUUUCAAGGAGUUGAAAGGUAACGAGUUUGGAAGGUAA